AUGUCCUCCCAGAAUGGAGCCACGGACAAUGGACAGCUGUCUACGAGCCAGCAAGAGUCUCUCCAGACUUAUAUGACCGUCACUGGUCAGGAACCAGACGCUGCUAUUCCAUUGCUACAACGAUCGCAGUGGAAUGUUCAGUUGCGCCGGCCCAACAAGAUUGCGAUCUCGAAAUUCUUCGAUGGGGAAGGGCCUGAUCCGCUCGAGGAAGCCCGCGCAGCCUUGGACGCACCGCAGGACAUCCGGCGCACACAGAACCUGAUGUUUGACGAUGACGAUUUGCCUCCGCGUCGUCCGCCGUCUACGUCGUCCCGGACAGGCAACAAUUUCCAGCCAGCUCCUCGUAUCGACACCCAGCCUGAAGACCAGCCAGCUUUCCGACCACCUUUCAUACUCAGCGUUUUAUUCUCUCCCCUCAAUCUCCUAUAUCGUCUUCUAUACAGCUCAUUUCGCCUAUUUGGGACGCUAUUUCCUUUCCUGCCACGCUGGCUUAACGCUACCGCAAGUUCGUCCUUACAGCGAACUUUGAACACUAGUGGACGAAGAGCUCUAGGGCCGAAAGAUACGGCAGCCCGAUUUAUUCGAGAGUUCGAAGAAGAAUAUGGCAGUCAUUCCCUGCCGUUUCUCGAAAACGGUUAUAAUAUGGCGCUGGAAAGAGCCCAUCAAGAAUUAAAAUUUCUUGUUAUCGUCCUCUUGUCGCCGGAGCACGAUGAUACAAAUAGCUGGGUCAAGGAGACCCUCUUAUCUAGACAAGUGGUCGAGUAUAUCAAUGAUCCCAGCAAUCAAAUACUAGUAUGGGGAGGGAACGUCCAGGACUCAGAAGCAUAUCAGGUAGCGAACUCACUACGCUGCACCAAAUUCCCGUUUGCCUCUGUGAUUGUGCACACCCCCAACGCCGGUUCGAAUGCAAUGUCCAACAUCGGCAGGAUACCGGGAAACACAAGCCCAACCGAGUUUCUGAUGAAACUGCGCACUGCAAUCUCCCAAAACAAAGAACCUCUAGACCGCGUCCGGGCCCGCCGUACGGAGCAGCAGGCAUCUCGAACUCUCCGCCAAGAACAGGAUUCAGCGUAUGAACGAUCACUCGCUCAAGACCGCGAACGAGCACGGCAAAGACGCGAGGCGGAAGCCGAACGACAACGCGCCGAAGCAGAAGAAGCAGCUCGCAUUGCCGCCGCAGAGAAGCGUGCAAGCGACCUGCAGCAAUGGAAACAAUGGCGUGCCCAAUCACUUGCUGUCGAGCCUAGUGCUGAUGCCACCGACGCAAUUCGCGUCAGCAUUCGCCUCCCAUCUGGCGAGCGAGUGAUUCGCAAAUUCCGAGCGGAUGCAGACUUGGAAGAGAUAUAUGCAUUUGUUGAAUGCUAUGAAAUCCUGCAGGCUCAAAGUCCUCAAGAAGGAACAGCCACCGUGUCAGAACCAGUCGGAUUCGAGCAUAAAUAUGGCUUUCGUCUGGUCUCCCCCAUGCCGCGUACUGUAUAUGAGGUUGAAGCUGGUGGCUCAGUGCGCGAGCGCAUUGGUCGAGGUGGUAAUCUGCUAGUGGAGAUGAUUGAAGAGGAUGAAGAGGAAGAUGAAGUGGAUGAUAACGAAGAAUAG